AUGAGUUCAAAAUCAGCUGCUGCCAUAUUACAACGACAAUUUAAAGACUUAACUGACCCCAAAAAGAGGAUCCCUUCAUUCCACAUCGAAUUAGAUGAUGACAACAUUUUCUUGUGGAAUAUUGGUGUUAUGGUACUCAACCCCGAUUCAUUAUACCAUGGAGGCUACUUUAAAGGACAAAUGAGAUUCCCCCAGGAUUUCCCCUUUAGUCCACCCUCAUUCCGCUUCACACCUGCCAUUUACCACCCCAACAUUUAUCGUGAUGGGCGGUUAUGUAUAAGUAUCUUGCAUCAAGGUGGUGACCCCACCAGCGACGAACCCGAAAGUGAGACUUGGUCACCAGCACAAACUGUGGAAAGUGUAUUAAUCUCCAUUAUUUCCCUUUUGGAUGAUCCUAAUGGCAACUCACCAGCAAAUAUUGACGCUUCAGUUGAAUUUAGAAAGAAUUUUGCCGAGUACAAGAAAAAAGUAUUGAAGGAGGUUGAACGGUCAAAGAAGGAUAUUCCUGAGGAUUUCAUCAUGCCUGAUGAUUCUUCAGUUGCUUACAGUAAUAGUCUGGGAGUUAAGAACCGAGAGUUGAUUGAUGAUCCAGUAGACGAGGAUUUCUGGUAUGAAAGUGAAGAAGAAGAGAGUUUUGAUGAAGAAAGCUUGAUGGAUGAAAAUGAAGGUGAUGAAGAAGAUGACGAAGAAGAAGAGGAAGAGGAGGAAGAUGAAGAAAUGAUUGCCAAAUAA